AUGCCUCCCAAGCGCAAGGCGACUGACAGUGGUCGGUCUAGCAGUGCGUCGAAGCGUCCCACCCCCGUUCCCGAUGUCAGCGAUGUUUCGAGCGAAGACGAAUACUCAGACCAGGACGAUGUUCCGGAAGGAAACAACAACUUAAAAGAUGUCGUCAACAAAUUCUCUCUCGAAACAUUCAGUAAACGAUCCCAACCCCAGAAGACCGACCCUCGAUUUGGCUACAAGGAUCUUUCGGAGCUACCUCUCAAACGCGACCACUACAACCGUCCGCUAUGGAUCGAGCCGGUAAAAGGCACAAUCACCCUUGAGAGUUUCUCUCCACUGGCGUCCCAAGCCCAGGAUUUCCUCACAACUAUUGCGGAACCAUUGUCGCGUCCUCAACAUAUGCAUGAAUACCGCUUGACGGGCCACAGUCUGUAUGCAGCGGUGUCGGUUGGGUUGAAACCUGAGGAUAUCGUGAAAGUCCUGGAUCGUAUGUCCAAGACUCCACUGCCGGAAAGUAUCCGGGCCUUCGUUAUUGAAUUCACCAAGUCAUACGGCAAGAUCAAGAUGGUUCUGCGUCACAACCGAUACUAUGUGGAGACCUCAGAUCCUGAGAUGUUGCAGCGUCUGCUCAAGGAUGAGGUCAUUGGACCGCAGAGGAUUGAGAGCUCCGAAGGAAUCAUCAAGCGAGCAGCCCCCAAGAUGGGAGGACUUGUCAUUCCUGGAACGAAGGAUGCCGCUGGUGUAAGAGAAACGGGCCCCCAGCAAGAUGCUGCUCAACGAGAGGAGAACCAAGAGGCUACAGUGGACUAUGGAAUCGACGAAGUUGGUGAGGAUGAGAACGACGAGGCAGCUGCCUACAGUUUCGAGAUUCCCCCAGCAGGUGUCGAAGUGGUCAAGGCCCGCUGCCAAGCCAUUGGAUGCCCAGCCCUGGAAGAAUAUGACUUCCAGGGAGACACGGUCAACCCAAAUCUUGACAUGGAUUUGAAGCCCACAGCUCGGAUACGUGACUACCAAGAGAAGAGUCUGAGUAAGAUGUUUGGUAACGGACGAGCCAAAAGUGGUAUCAUCGUUCUUCCAUGCGGAGCUGGCAAGACCCUGGUCGGCAUUACUGCAGCAGCGACCAUCAAAAAAGGUACAAUCGUGCUGUGCACUAGUUCUAUGUCCGUCGUGCAGUGGCGCAACGAGUUCUUGCGCUGGACGACUAUCGACCCGGGUGAUAUCGCUAUCUUCACUUCUGACCACAAAGAAAAAUUCAAGCGGUCGACGGGUAUCAUUGUAUCCACCUAUUCAAUGGUGUCGCAGACACGAGCACGUUCCUACGAUGCGCAGAAGAUGAUGGAUUGGCUUCAGUCUCGCGAAUGGGGUAUGAUGAUUCUUGACGAGGUGCACGUCGUGCCAGCUUCAAUGUUCCGAAAGGUUACGUCUGCUAUCGCCGCACAGAGCAAGCUCGGACUCACGGCCACGCUUCUGCGUGAAGAUGACAAGAUCAAGGAUCUGAACUUCCUCAUCGGACCCAAGCUGUAUGAAGCCAACUGGAUGGAGCUUGCUGCCCAAGGACACAUUGCCAAGGUCCAAUGUGCCGAGGUAUGGUGCCCGAUGACAACAGAAUUCUAUACUGAAUAUCUUCGAGAAAGCUCGAGGAAGCAAGCUUUGCUCUACAUCAUGAACCCGCGCAAGUUCCAAGCUUGCCAGUACCUGAUUGAAUAUCACGAGAAACGAGGUGAUAAGAUUAUUGUGUUCUCCGAUAAUGUUUAUGCUCUGGAGCGGUACGCGCUCAAGCUGAACAAAGCAUACAUUUACGGUGGAACCCCCCAGAACGAGCGAAUGCGCAUUCUGGAGAACUUUCAACACAACGAGCAGGUCAAUACCAUCUUCUUGUCCAAGAUCGGUGACACCUCUCUUGAUCUGCCCGAGGCCACUUGCCUGAUCCAAAUCUCAUCUCACUAUGGUUCUCGUCGUCAGGAGGCACAGCGACUCGGCCGUAUUCUGCGAGCCAAGCGCCGUAAUGACGAGGGCUUUAACGCAUUUUUUUAUUCCCUGGUAUCCAAGGACACCCAUGAGAUGCAAUACUCGAAUAAACGACAGGCGUUCCUGGUCGACCAGGGCUACGCAUUCAAGGUUAUCACCCAUCUUCAAGGCAUCGGCGACUAUGAGGGACUGUCGUACUCCACUCCGGCUGAGCGUCGGGAACUGCUCCAAGAAGUCAUGCUGCAGAACGAAUCUUCAGCCGACGUGGAGCAGGUGAACGAUGACCUUUUCUCCAUGCGCUCUGCUAAGGGCCAGAAGAAGAAGCCCAAUGCCAAGCGCAGCGCAGCCACCCUGAGUGGUCUGGCCGGCGGUGAUGAUAUGGCAUAUGUUGAAUACAACAAGAGCAAGAAUAAGCAGCUCAAAGACAAGGGUGGCCAUCACCCUCUGUUCAAGAAGAUGCAACGAGACCGCGAGCGACAGAGAAAGGCACGGGAGGCGAUGUAA